CCGACACCUUUAAAUUAUUGCAUCUUCCCAAGCAUUCAACGCUUCCAUUCUUUUUCCAUAACAACAAGACACCUUUGAGGAUCCACAUUUCUUUUGGUUAUUAGACAGCACAUCUAGAGUCCUCGAAAUGCGCUGCCUUAUAGCUCUCACGUUCUGGGCCGCCAGCACAGCGCAAGUGGUUGCUGCACCGGACGAUGCGGCCGCCGCAACAGAACCUUUUGUCAAUUCGAUCGAUAUCCGGGCUUUGCCGGAUUCGCCUAGCGGAAAUUACGCCCCACAGGUGAUUGACUGCCCUUUGAAGCGUCCUACAAUCCGCCUUGCCGAUGAGCUCUCUGACCAGGAAAAUGCCUGGGUACAACGCCGCCGGAACAAUACAAUCGACCCUCUCAAAACUCUCUUAUCUCGGGCUAAUAUUUCUGGCUUUGAUGCUGAAAGUUACAUUGACCGGAUCAAGAGCAACAGCUCUGCUCUACCCAAUAUAGCCAUUGCAGUGUCUGGUGGCGGUUACCGCGCCGUUAUGAAUGGCGCAGGCUUCCUUUCUGCUGCCGACUCACGCAAUAAUGCAUCCGGUCCCAUCAGCGGUCUCUUACAGUCUUCCACCUAUCUUGCCGGUCUUUCUGGUGGUGGGUGGCUUGUGGGCUCCAUCUUUGCUAAUAACUUCACAACCAUUCCGCAUCUCCAGCGGGGCUCCAACAAUUCGGCUAUCUGGCGCUUCGACCGAUCCAUCUUUGUCGGUCCGAAGAGUUCAGGAAUAAACAUACUAAAUACUGCUGGGUACUGGACUGAUAUCAGCGAAGCCGUUGAGGAUAAGGAUAAGGGCUGGAACACCACCAUCACGGAUUGGUGGGGUCGUGCUCUGUCAUACCAACUCGUCAAUGCUUCCGACGGUGGACCUGCAUAUACGUUUUCUUCAAUUGCCGAGACUUCCAAUUUCAAAAAUGCUGACACUCCUUUUCCCAUACUUAUAGCUGAUGGGCGAGCCUCCGGAGAGCGGGUUAUUUCUCUUAACGCCACUGUCUUUGAGUUUAACCCUUUUGAAUUUGGUACAUGGGAUCCUACAACAUACGGAUUUGCACCUAUCCGGUAUCUAGCCUCCAACUUUACAAACGGAACAAUCAGUUCUGAUGAUAAGUGUGUUCGUGGCUUCGAUCAACUCGGGUUUAUCAUGGGUACAUCAUCGUCACUCUUCAAUCAGUUCGUUCUGAGAAACAUAACGCAAAUUGGUGCUCAACUCGAUAUCCCUUCUCUAGUCGUCAAAACCAUUAAAGGGGUUCUGAAGAGACUGGAUAAGGAUGACGAGGAUAUUGCUCAGUACUCCCCUAAUCCCUUUUUUGGCUGGAAUCCCACCAAGAAGAACAAAAAUGCUAUAGACCACCAGUUAACCUUGGUUGAUGGUGGAGAAGAUCGGCAAAAUAUCCCGCUUCAUCCUUUGAUCCAGCCUGUUCGCGGUGUUGAUAUUAUCUUCGCCGUCGAUUCUUCUGCAGAUACACACAGUUGGCCCAACGGCACUGCGCUUCGCGCCACAUACAACCGCGUCGGCUCGAGUAUUGGGAACGGCACGUUAUUUCCCUCCAUCCCUUCAGCUGAAACAUUUAUCAAUCAACGUCUAAACCAACGUCCCACUUUAUUUGGCUGCAAUGCAGACAACUUCACCCUCUCAAAAGAUCAAUCGCCCCCACCACUCAUCUUUUACUUCCCCAAUGCGCCUUACACCACCCAUAGUAACGUCUCAACGUUCGAUAUGUCUUACUCCAUCCAGCAACGCGAUGAUAUCAUUGAGAAUGCUCUCAACGGAGCUACUCAAGGUAAUUCUACUAUAGAUAAGGAAUGGCCCGUAUGUGUCGCGUGUGCUAUCAUGAGCAGGAGUUGGUGGAAGGCAAACGACAAGGUUCCUGAUGCAUGCAAUACUUGCUUUGAUCGGUAUUGUUGGAACGGCAAGUCUAACGACACCUCUGUCGGAGAUUAUGAGCCCAAUUUUAUUAUUAAGGGAAGCUCAGAUCAAGAGGCAGAAGACAAUGCAGCAAGCACUAGGCUGGGACCAAGCUUCUAUGAAGUCAGCGCACUUGCUGUAGCCAUGUUGUCCAUUCUCUUGUGGUAGACAUGUAUUGAUAAGCAGAUUUUCAUAGACUAGAUUAAUGUUAUCAAUUACUGUAUUGAUCUCUUGAU